AUGGCUGCUUUAACUGAUGAAGGAUCACGUCAUCCACAACAUGUAGAGGUUGUCCCAUUCAAGACAUCCGGAGUCUCUCUAAAAGUCGUCUUACUACAUGGAAACCUGGAUAUAUGCGUGAAAGAAGCCAACAAACUCCCAAACUUGGAUGCAUUCAAUAGAAAAUUCACCCCUCUUUCGGGUACAAGUGAUCCAUAUGUAACCAUAUCUGUAGCCAACGCUGUAAUCGGAAGAACUUUUGUGAUGAACAACAGUGAAAACCCUGUUUGGAUGCAACAUUUCUAUGUUCCAGUAGCACACAAUACCACCGAAGUGUUAUUUGUUGUUAAAGACAGUGAUGUCGUGGGUACUCAACUUAUAGGAGCAGUUGGGAUUCCAGCUGAACACUUGGUUGCUAACUCUGUCGUCAAAGGCACUUUCCCGAUUUUGAAUGCAAGUGGUCAGCCAUGCAAACCUGGUGCCAUGUUAACUCUAUCCAUCAAAUACACACCGGUGGACAAAAUGGUCAUUUACCGUGAUGGAGUAGGGUCAGAUCCGGAAUUUAAAGGCGUCCCAGGAACGUAUUUUCCAUUAAGAAGAGGAGGAAAAGUUACUCUUUAUCAAGAUGCUCAUGUCGAUGGAAGCCUCCCAAAUUUGAAACUUGAUCGUGGUUUAAGAUUUAUACAAGAAGAUUGUUGGCGUGAUAUUUGUGAUGCAAUCAGACAAGCACGUCGUUUGAUUUACAUCACAGGGUGGUCGAUCUUUCAUAAAGUUCAACUUGUGAGAUAUGGUGCAAAAGCAAGAGAUAGUAUUUUAGGAGAUCUUUUGAAAAGUAAGUCGGAUGAAGGUGUCAGAGUGUUGCUUCUUGUAUGGGAUGACCCCACUUCAAAAAGCUAUUUUGGAUAUAAAACGGAAGGGGUUAUGCAAACUCAUGAUGAAGAAACUCGUGCGUUUUUCAAGAAUUCAUCUGUUCAAGUUUUACUUUGUCCUCGUUCUAUAGCAAAGGGUAGCUGGGUCAAGAAGGAUGCUGAAACCAUUUAUAGCCAUCAUCAAAAGACGGUUAUAGUGGAUGCUGAUGCUGGUAUCAAAAGAAGGAUCAUGGCAUUUGUUGGAGGUCUUGAUUUAUGUGUGGGGCGUUAUGACACUCCAGAACAUUCUCUUUUUAGUACAUUACACACACUGCAUAAAGACGAUUAUCACAAUCCAAACUAUACAGGGACCACAACAGGGUGUCCAAGAGAACCAUGGCAUGAUUUGCAUUGCAGGAUUGAAGGUCCAGCAGCAUAUGAUGUACUCCAAAACUUUGAGGAGAGAUGGUUGAGAGCUUCAAAGCCACGUGGCCUUUCAAUGACCAAAUUUUUUGAUGUGUUACUAAAAGUUGACAAGAUUCCAGACAUUUUAGGUGUAACUGAUGCUCGUUACACUAGUGAGAAAGAUCCAGAAGGUUGGCAUAUCCAGGUGUUUCGUUCAAUUGAUUCGAACUCUGUUAAAGGUAUAGGUUUCCCAAAAGACCCCAAAGAUGCUAAAAACAAGAAUUUAAUAUGUGGGAAAAAUGUGCUCAUAGACAUGAGUAUACAUACUGCAUAUGUGAAGGCCAUUCGUACUGCUCAACAUUUUAUCUAUAUUGAAAAUCAGUACUUUCUUGGUUCUUCAUAUAACUGGGCUAACAACAAAAGCUUAGGUGCAAACAAUUUGAUACCAAUGGAAAUAGCUCUUAAAAUCGCGAAUAAAAUCCGAGCAAAUGAGAGGUUUGCUGUAUAUAUUGUGAUUCCAAUGUGGCCUGAGGGAAAUCCUACGAAUUCCUCUACUCAACGGAUUCUUUUUUGGCAGGGUUGA